CCCGCCCCCAGGCGGAGCGGACAGCGGCCCCCCGUGGCUGGGCUGGCAGCAGGCCACCCGCACUGCGCCCUGCGCUCUGCGCUGCCUUCAUCUCUGCUCUGAGGAGCGGCGGGGUCCGGGGUCCUGUCUGGCCAUGGACACGGCCUCCUCCCCGCCCAAUGCUGAGAGGAAGCGCGCGGGUUGGGGCCGCCUGCUAGGCGCCCGGCGGGGAAGCGCGGGACUAGCAAAGAAGUGUCCCUUUUCACUGGAGCUGGCCGAAGGUGGCCCGACGGGAGGCACGGUCUACGCGCCCAUCGCACCAACCGGAGCUCCAGGGCUCGCGCCCCCCAUGUCGCCCCCUGUGUCGCCCGUCCCGGCCCCUGCAGACCUCGGCCCACGUCCGCGGGUGAGCCUUGACCCGCGCGUCUCCAUCUACAGUACGCGUCGCCCGCUGCUGGCGCGCACCCACAUCCAGGGCCGCGUCUACAACUUCCUCGAGCGCCCCACGGGUUGGAAGUGUUUCGUGUACCACUUCACCGUCUUCCUCAUUGUUCUGGUCUGCCUCAUCUUCAGUGUCCUGUCCACUAUUGAGCAGUAUGCCGCUCUGGCCACCGGGACCCUCUUCUGGAUGGAGAUUGUCCUUGUGGUGUUCUUUGGGACAGAGUAUGUGGUCCGUCUCUGGUCUGCAGGCUGCCGCAGCAAGUACGUGGGCAUCUGGGGCCGGCUACGCUUUGCCCGGAAGCCCAUUUCCAUCAUCGACCUCAUCGUGGUUGUAGCCUCUAUGGUUGUCCUCUGUGUGGGUUCCAAAGGGCAAGUGUUCGCCACAUCAGCUAUCAGGGGUAUCCGCUUCCUUCAGAUCCUGCGGAUGCUGCAUGUUGAUCGCCAGGGAGGUACCUGGAGGCUCCUGGGCUCUGUAGUCUUCAUUCACCGCCAGGAGCUGAUCACCACCCUGUACAUUGGCUUUCUGGGUCUCAUCUUCUCCUCCUACUUUGUCUACCUGGCUGAGAAAGAUGCAGUGAAUGAGUCCGGCCGCAUCGAGUUUGGCAGCUACGCAGAUGCUCUGUGGUGGGGAGUGGUCACAGUCACCACCAUUGGCUACGGGGAUAAGGUACCCCAGACAUGGGUUGGGAAGACCAUCGCCUCCUGUUUCUCUGUCUUCGCCAUAUCCUUCUUUGCACUCCCAGCGGGCAUACUUGGCUCUGGGUUUGCACUGAAGGUCCAGCAGAAGCAGAGGCAGAAACACUUCAACCGGCAGAUCCCAGCCGCAGCCUCACUCAUCCAGACUGCAUGGAGGUGCUAUGCUGCAGAGAAUCCUGACUCAUCCACUUGGAAGAUCUAUGUCCGGAAGCCUGCUCGGAGCCACACUUUGCUCUCCCCCAGCCCCAAGCCUAAAAAGUCUGUCAUGGUAAAGAAGAAGAAGUUCAAGCUGGAUAAGGAUAACGGGCUGAGUCCUGGAGAGAAGAUAUUCAAUGUCCCUCACAUCACUUGUGAUCCCCCAGAGGAUCGGAGGCCAGACCAUUUCUCCAUUGAUGGCUACGACAGCUCAGGUAUCUCUCUGUGUAGGUAUCCUGGAACAUGCUCUAUAGACCAACUUGGCCUGCUUCUCUCUUCAGAGUCCUGGGAAUAAAGUGUGCUCCACCAUGCCCCAGAUCCAUCUGCCUUUUGUAAUUCUGUGAAGAAUAUCAUUUGCAUUCUGGGAGAUUGCACUGAAUCUAUACAUUGUAUAUUAUGGGUGUUUAAAAAUAUAAAUUCUCUAAAGAUAUGACUUUAUGUCUUUAAUUACAAAACUUCACACUGAGAUAGAGAUAGUGUGAGAAUGAAAUAGAGAUGAGGGGUUCAAAAACAUUUUACAUUCAAGGUUUUUAUGGAUAAAUGAAAACUUACAAUUUUGUCGUCUUUUAGUUUGAGUAUUUUUCUUGUCAUUUAUUUUUUGUGGUAUGAAGAUUUGAUGCAUUAAUAUUGCUCUCUUUUCAAUUUUGUGUAUCAUUCAUCUAGUGGGGCUGAAUAUUUCAUACUUUUACUAAGGUAGUUUUCUCUUCUGGAUACAACUCAAUUUUUAUACUUGUUGGUCUAGUGCUCAGGGAUUCUCUCAGAUUUUGCUUGUCUUAGAAGGGCAUUGUUUCUCCUUCAUUUCUAAGGAUACCUUGAACUUACUGGUUGUAAUUUGCUCUGUUUAUGAAACAAGUAUCGCAUUUCAUCUUAGGCUAUAGAAUUUCAUCUUUGAAAUCUGUCAUAGUCCACAAUGCCAUAAAUAUGACUUGUCACUUUUCUUGAAAAUUUUAGACUUUUUUGACAUUCUAAUUGUAAUAUGUCUCUUCUAUACAUCUUCUCUAAGAUUAGAGAAAUUUCUUGCUAUUUUAUGAAAUGUUUUGUGUGUGUGUUUGUGAUUUCUUUUCCUAUUCGAGUUUGAGUACUUUAGAAAUGAUUUCUUUCUUUUCUUUCACUUCUUUUUUUUCUUGUUUUUGUUGCAAUAAAAGGCUUCUAGAGUCAUACAUACAGGACUAUGAAAAUUUGACUCAGAAUAAUCAGAUUGAAGUGUUCCUCAUUUCUCAGGAUGGAUCAUUGAAAGACAAUAUGCAUUCCUGAGCAAGACAAAUUCAUGCAGAUUUUAUGUUACUUGUCCAAGAUGGCUCCAAGUUUUGUGAAUACUGGCAAACUUGACAGUAGCUAGAACAUCAAGCAUCCAAACUGUUUCUGAGACUCUUAUACACUUAUUCCAAAAAGGCAUAUCUUCCCUUUCUGACCUAUAGAACCAGGAUGACAAAUCCUAGGGUAUUUUGUUUCUUUAGGUCUCUGAAUAUUACAUGGAUUCAGUCUUGCUUGUAGGUUGUCAAUUUUCUCCGAGUUAUUUAUCUCAAGAAAUGUAAGGGAAAAUCUUGUUCUAUUGGUUCUUUGUAGAGCAAAUGACUGCUGUACACUUCCUUUCCACCACCUUGUAUUUCCUCCAGAUUUUCCUAGGAGUGAAUAAUAUCCAACUUUCUAUGUAUACCCAUAUUUUUCUUAGCCAUUCAAAGAUGUUUUUGUUUUCAUUUUUUAGAUACUGCAAAUAGUACCAAUGUACAGAUGAAUAUUUGAGGAUUUGUAUUCUUUCAAGUUAUAUACUCAGAAAUGGAAUUGAUAGAUCAUGUAGAAACUCCAUUUUAAUAUUUGUAAAGACAUAAAACUUGCUUCCACAGGGGCUAUAUUACAUUAAAUCUAUGUGAAAUUAUGCAAGGAUUCUGACUUAUUCAAAUUUAAUUCAGCAAUUGACACUUUGGUUAAAUGUACAAGUAUGUGGUACUACAUUUUAUAUGAAAUUAUGUUAUUGUAACAUAUAUUUUAUUAUAGUUAGAUGCCUGGGUGGGGAGUUCACAUUGUGUAUGGUAUAUAUGCAGAUCAGAGAACAAUAGAGUGGAGUCAGUUCUCCUCUUCCACCUUCAUAUAUGUUUCAGGGACAAUUAGAAUGGCAGUCUUGCAUCUCUGGACAGCAAGCACUUUUACCUGAUGAGCCAUCUCAGUGGUCCUGUUAUUUUGAGUUUUGAUGUACAUUUCAUUAAAGAUAGAGGCUCACAUCCUUAUAGAUGCAUAUUUGUCAUUUGCAAUUAUUCUCAUGAUACUUUUCAAGGUCUUUUGCAUACUCUUGAAUUGAGCUCUUACAAGACAUUCUAUAUAUAACAUAUAUUAACCCCUUAUCAGACAUGCAACUUGCUAAUACUUUACUCUUUGUGGUUGGAUUUUUACAGCUAAAUGGUAUUUUGAUGUUCAAACAUUUAAAAUGCUCAUUGAGUUUUCUAUAUUCUUUUUUUCUCCCAUGUUUUUCCCUGUUUCUUAAGUUUCAUAUCCAAAACGUCACUGCCAGUUCCAUGGAUUCUGUAGAUGUCAGACCAUGUUUAGGUCUUUGACUGACCUUCAGUUAAUUUUUAUAUAAGGUUUUAGUAAAGAUGCAACAUUUGCCCUUUCACAUAAGGAUAUCUAGUUUUACCAGCAAGAUGAAAUUUGUUUUUAUUGAUCUGGACAACACUGUCAAAUAUCAUAUACACCAAGGUUCAUCUCAGAAUUCUAUCUUUUAAUACAUCCCAUUAAUCUAUUGGACUAUCUUUAAAUUACUACCAUUCACUUUUCACAAUGGUAACAUGCCUUAGUGGUGUUUGUGCUUCUUUUCAAGACCAUGAUUGUGUAAAGGUUCUGUGCAGUCAUCUAAAGGUUGUGAAUGUUAGGGUGGAUUUUUCUACUUUUUGUAAAUAUUACUAGGAUGUUUAUUAUGGAUACACUGGAUGUGUAGAUUACUUUGUGUAGCAUUUACAUAUUGCUUUUGAAUUUGUGAUUUUAGCAAUAUUUUGUAGUUUAAUUGUAUAAACCUCCUCCAUCUUAGUUCAUUAAAUUACUGAAUAUAUUUUACUCCUUGAUGUUUUGAUUACUGAAUAUUUUUUACUCCUUGAUGUUUUGAGGUUUUAACACUUGUACUGAGAUAUAAUUCACAAUAAAUAUUCACAUUCACUGAAACUAUGAUUAUAAAUAUAUAUUAAUAUAUUAAUACAAUGAAACUACUGUAUCAGUUAGCUUUCAGUUUUUGCAUUGGUGUACUGCAAGUAAUUAAGUUAAAUUCAUGAAGAUCUAAAUAUAAAUUAAAAGUUCGCAAUGCUAAACUUACUCCUUGUAAGUUGAAUUCCUUGAACCAAUAUUUUCCAUGUCCCUAAGGCUAAAUUACUAACCAAUCUUAUAUUCAGGUUUUAGAACAUAACACUUUUAGAUUACAUAUAUAGUGAAGAUAAGAAGUCUUUCUUAUUCACAAAGCUUGACCUGAGUUCAUCAUAAUGUCACAAAGUAAAUAAUUUCUUUUUUGAGAUUCAACACUUUCUGUCUGUUCUAUUUUGACACACUAUUUCCAUAUUUUGACUACUAUGAACAAUGUUAUAGUAAAAAUUUAAACACAGGUAUCUAAAGAUUGAUUAAACCAUCUGUGACUUUUUAUUAUUAAAAUUUGAAAAUAUUUUAUUUAUCAUUAUCAUUAUUAUUAUGUGUAUAUUUGAUUAUGGGUGCAUGCAUGCCUCAGCUCAUAUGUAGUGGUCAUUUGAUAAAUUGAGAUUUGGCCUUCUGUUUGUUAUGAAGAUUAAACUAAGGUUGGUAGACUUUUAGGGCAAAUGCUUUUGAUGAGAUCUCUCACUCAGCUUACAUUUCAUUUUUUGGUUGUUAAAUUCAGUUGUACUUUAAAACCAGUGAACUUGUUAAACUGUUACAUUAGUUUAAUGUCACAUUACUUCUUAUGUGAGACAGUUGCUGGCAGCAACUUAUAAUUCUACUUCAGCCAGAAAAACAAGAUAUGAGGUGCUUCAAUUUUGUUUUACAUAUGCCAGUUUACAUUCCAAUUUUUUAUUUACAUUGCACUAACUUGUUAUGCCAAUUUGCAUUCACCACAAAUACAUAUUAAGAUUUUCAUUCUUCCAUAUUCUCACCAACACUUAUGACUUUAUGGAUUUUUUUGAUAAUUUCUGGAUUUUUAUAAUUCCUAAAAGAUUUGAGGUAUUAUCUCAAUGGUUGUUCUGAGUUGUAUUCCCCAGAUAGUGAUAUUAAGCACUUCUUGUAUACUUGUUAAUACUAUGUAUGUUUAUGUUGGAAAAUGUUUAACUCUGUCCUUUGUCUGCGUCAUGUUUAGGUAAUUUUUUAUCAUUUGUUAUUAAAAUAUUUGUUAUGGUUUGGAUAUUAACACAUUAGAUAUAGUUUGGAAAUAUUUUAUUUCCUUAUGAAGGUUAUCCUAUUUUGUUUCUUCUUUGUGCUACCAAACUUGUGAUAAAUAGCAACUUAGUAUUUAUUUCUGGGCUUUUGAUGUUGUAUCUAAAAACAAAUUGUUAAGAUCAAUGUCAAAAUUACAGUUUAUUCUAGGAGAUCUAGUUUAGAAUUAAAUCUUGAACAUAAUUUGGGUUAAGUUGAUUUAUUAUGUACACUAUAUAGAUCCAAUUUCAAAUUUUUUCAUGUGUAUAUCCAGGUUUACAUACUGGAUUACUUCUUUUGGUGAGUAUUCUACUCUAUGUAUUCUUUCUUCUGGUGUGAAAGGUAAAUUGAUCCCCUAUGUGUCAGUCUGAGAAUCUGCAUUGUUUAUCAUUGUACUGUGUCUCUGUGAAUAAAAUACUUUACACUUGAUCUUAGCCAAAAGGCCGAGAAGCGAUGAAUAUAAUACUUUAAUCAAGAUAUGUGAUACUUCCAGUUAUUUUUGUAUCAUAAAUGCUCAGCUAUUCAACUUUUUUUGGGAUUUCAUAUUUCUUAGUUCUUUUCUAAAUAAAACAUAAAACCAGAAUAAUAAGAUCAUUUUAAAUCAGUGCACUGCUUUGGGCUGUUGAAAGUCUUUUGAUCCACAAACAGGUAACAUGUCUAUAUUUAUUCCUCUCAUGAGUAUUUGUUUUUAAUAUACAGAUAUUUUGCUCCCUUGGUUAAAAUUAUUCCUAUAUAGCAUGAAAUUCAAUCUUUUGUUGUCUAUAACUUUGGUGUUAUAUUCAUGAAAUUAAUACCAUAAUUAAUGGAAAUUUUCUAUCUUAUUCAAAUUUUAUACUUACAUUUUUGAUCCACUUUAACUUAGUUUUAUAUAGUAAGUUAAACGUGCUACACUCAUUUUCUUUUCUUUCUUUUUUUUUUUUUUUUUUGGUUCUUUUUUUCGGAGCUGGGGACCGAACCCAGGGCCUUGCGCUUCCUAGGUAAGCGCUCUACCACUGAGCUAAAUCCCCAGCCCCUACACUCAUUUUCUUAAAUCUUAAUACCCAGUUUUCCAAACACUAUUGGUUCAAACAACAGACCUUUUACUGAUAAAUGGUAAUGAUACUCUUGUCCAAAAUCACUUGAUAUAUUCAAGGUUAUAUUUCUUAUUUGGGGGACUAUUUUCUUAAGAGAUUUUUUUUAAUUGUCCUUUGGGUAGUUCACUGUUAAUAUAAAGGAAAACAUUUCUUGUGUAGUUUGUAUAUUGAACUUUGACUUGAAGACUUUAAUAAUUUCAUGAGCAAUAUUUUUCUGUACAGCUAUACCAUUUGCAAACACACAUCUUACUUCUUUUCUGAUUUGUAUCUCUUGCUCCCCAUCCUCAAUUCUCUGGCUAGAACUUAAAUCAUUAUCUUGAAUCCAAUUGGAACCAAGGACAUAACUUACUUUUUAAAACACUUGUUUAUCUACUCUGUGUGCGUGUGCAUGUGUAUUUAUGCACAAGCAUGUGCAUAUGCCUUUACAAUCAUGUGUCCACGAAGGGACAACUUGAAAAAGUCAGUUCUUCCCUUUAACCAUGAAAGUCCCAAGGAUUCAGUUUACGUCAUCAGGUAUAGCAGCAAACCUACUACUGCUAUCUGCUAGCCAUAUUAACUGCUCUUUAGGUACCAUUUUCUUACUUUUGUUCAAGAAAAUGAUUUAGUUUCUUUAACACCUAAUUUAUUGAUAUUAUCAUGAAAAUGGUGCAUUUUAAAAUUUCCUAUACCUAUUAAGUAAUUGUAAUUUUAUCUUUUAUAUUGUUAAUAUAAUGUUCAUUUGCUGACCGUAUGUUGAAACAUCCUUGUAAAAUAGGAGUAAACAUGACAUUAGUAUGUGAACUUUUAAAUGUGCUACUGGAAUGUUAUUGUUGGUUUUGCCCCUUUCUGAAAGUAAAAUUCGUUUAGAACAAUUCUACCUUCAAUUACAAAAGAGUUUGGAAGUGAUUUGAUUUUUCUAGUCUUUCACUUCACCUGCACUGACCUAUUAUUCUUUUCCUUUGACAUGUAUGGAUUUGGUUUUUUUUUUCUUUCCAGUUCUGAUUUGUUGGAGUUAAUUUCACAUCCAGCCAGCAGAAGUUGUUUAUCAGCUAUAUUUCUCUGUUAUAACCUUGGGGUCUUUAAUGUAUACUAUAACAUCAUCCACAAACAGUGAAAACUUGGCUUCUUCCUUUCCAAUUUAUACCCCCUUGAUCUCCUUUUGUUGUUUAAUUGCUCUAGCGAGAACUUUGGGUACUAUAUUGACAAGACAGGAAGAGAGGGGGCAGACUUGUUCCUGGUUUUAGUGGGAUUGACUCAAGUUUCUCUCCAUUUCAUUUGAUGUUGGCUGUCAAUUUGCUAUAAAUGGCUUUUAUUAUGCUUAUGUAUAUGCCAUGAAUUCCUGAUCUCUUCAAGACUUUUGAUAUGAAAAGUCAAAAAAAAUUUUUGAUCUUUUGAUACUUUUGAUAUUUUGUCAAAGGCUUUUCCAGCAUCUGAUGAGAUGAUCAUGCAAAUUUUCCUUUGAGUUUGUGUAUAUAGUGGAUUGUGUUGAUGGAUUUUUCAUUUACAUCCUUGCAUCCCUGGGAUGAAGCCUACUUGUUCCUGGUGAAUGAUGGUUUUGACGUUUUCGUGGAUUCAGUUGCCAGAACUGAGUUGAGUAUUUUUGCAUCAAUAUUCAUGAGCAAUACAUGUCUGAAGUUUUGUUGGGUCUUUGUGUGGUUUAUGUAUCUGAGUAACUGUGGCUUCAUAAAGUGAUUUAGGUAGUAUUCCUAUUUUUGUGGAACAGUUUGAAGAGUAUUGGUAUUUGUUCCUCUUUGAAGAGCUGGUAGAAUCUUGCACUAAAACCAUCUUUUAGUUGGUCGGUUUUUAAUAGACUGCUUCUAUUAGCUUAGUGGUUAAGGGUCUGUUUAGUUUACCUAAUCUUGAUUAACAUUGGUACAUGGUAUCUGUCUAGAAUGCUAUCCAUUUCAUCUAGAUUUUCCAGUUUUGUUAAGUAUAGGCUUAGUAAGAUCUGAUAGGUUUUGGAAUUUCCUCCCUUCCUGUUAUGUCUCCACUUUCAUUUCAGAUUUUGUUAAUCUGGAUACUUCCUCUGGGCCCUUUAUUUACUUUGGCUAAGGGUUUAUAUUGUUGAUUUUCUCAAAGAACUAGCUCUUGGUUUUGUUAAGUCUUUGUAUUGUUUUGUUUCUAAUUGGUUGACUUCAGACUUGAGUUUGGCUAUUUACUGCCAUCUACUCCUCUUGGGUGUGUUUGCUUCUGUUUGUUUUAGAGCUUUCAAGUGUGCUGUUAAGUUGCUAGUAUAGGAUCUCUUCAGUUUCUUUAUAAAGGUUCUUAGUGCUAUGAAUUUUCCUCUUAACUCUGCUUUCAUUGUAUUCCAUAAGUCUAGGUAUGCUGUGCCUUCAUUUUCAUUUAAUUCUAUAGUCUUUCAUUUCUUUCUUCAUUUCUUCCUGGACCAAGUUAUUAUUGAAUUGUUCAGUUUUCAUGAGUAUGUGGACUUUCCAUUGUUUUUGUUGAUUGCAGUCCAGCCUUAGUCUGUGGUGAUCUGAUAGAAUACAUGGGACUAUUUCAAUGUUUUUGUACCUUUUGAGGCUUUUUACGUGUCUAAUUAUAUGGUCAAUUUUGGAGAAGGUUCAUGAGGUGCUGAGAAGGUAUAUUCUUUUGUUUUGGGGUGAAAUGUUCUGUAGAUAUCUGUUAAGUCCAUUUGGAUCAAAUGUUCUCUUUUCAAGUUCAAGGUUUCCAGUUUUAAUUGAACAAUCUGGUUUUGAGCCAGUCUUAUAAUUUUCUUUUCACUGUACUCUUCAGUUACAGAAUUUGGCUUUGCUUUCCAUAGUUUUAUUGAAACUCAUCUGCUUAUGUAUUGUUUUUCAGAUUGUACUUUCCCAGUUCCCUUGUAGUUUUCUCUAUUCUUAACUCAUUUUAAAUUGUCAGUUAAUAUGCCUUUUUUUUGUCUUAUUUUGAGUCAGUUACUGGAACGGACUUGUAUUUGUUGAUGGCCUUGUUUUUUAUACACAAAUAUGUACAUGUAUAUGCAUGUGUGUGCAUAUGCAUAGGUUCUAAGUCAGAGGACAACCUCCACUUUCUUAACUAGGAAUACUACCCACCUCUGUUGAGAUAGUCUCUCCUUGGGUCACCAAAUAGGCCAGACUGGCAAAUCACUUAACUCUUUAGAUUCUCUUCCUGCUACCCCAGCACCGGGACGGCAAAUAUCCACCAAUGUACAUGACAUUUUCAUAUCAGUUCUGGGAUUUACCCUCAAAGCCUCAUGCUUUAAAGGCAAGCAUUUUACCAAAUACACUACCAAACGGAUAUCUUCCAAGCCUUGUUGUUUUUUGUUUUUUGUUUUUUUUUUUGUUUUUGUUUGUUUGUUUUGUAUUUCUGAUUAUAUUGGGAGAGUGUUCUUUGAUUUUGGCAUGCAUCCAUUGGAUUUUCAAUCUGGUUUGAAUGAGCUAAGACCUAUUGUAAGUACAAGAAUCAAGAUACAGUGGUUCCUACAGUAGUAAGGGCAAAACAAUGUAGUUUCCUUCCAGAUUUAUCAGCUAAGAAAUCAAAAAAAUUUCCAAGGUUACUCAGCCACCAAAGCUGUGGAUACCUAUGGUGCUGCCUCAAAUGAAACUAUUUCAAUGUUACUCUUAGAAAUCAUUUUUGAUGUGUAGAAAUGAAACUUAUGUAGUGAUAUUAUUUUUGCACUGUUACUUUGCUGAAUUUACUAUAUACAAUCUUAUGAGGAAUCUUGCUUUUUCUAUAUAUGUGAUCAGAUAUUUAUUACUUCCUUUCCAAAUUUCCUGUGUAUUGUUUGUCCAGCUAAACCACCCACCAUUAUGUUGACUAGAAGUGGCAAAAUUUUGACGUUUUAUUCUUAUCAAAGAAAAAUUAAAAUUUAGUACUACACUGCAAGGUUUUUAUUUUUAGGUAUUCUGUUUUCUAUUCUCUUCUACUUUUACAAUGUGUUCUUCAUUGAUGUCUGUGAUCCAUUUUCACUUACUAUUUUUUAUUUACUGAGUGCAAAGUCUGUAUCUAGAUUCUUAUAUUUUCCAUGUGGUUAUCCAUUAUUUUACCACAAUUUGUUGUGAAAAAACGUAUUUUCUCCAUUGUUUUACUUUUGUUCCCUUAUUGCAGAUUAUUUGAGUGAACUUAGUAUGUUCUAUUUUGACAUGCUACUUUUUCCUUUCCUCUUUACUUACCUAUUAUUUUAUAAGUAUUAUAGUUUCUGGACCCCUGAAGCUUUACAGCAAUGCAUUAAAAUGUCAAUUUUAAAUUAUCCUUUAAUAUUAUGUUGCUUAUUUUCUUUCUUUAAGAGUCCAUUUUCCAAUACUGAUGGAACAUAUUCGCAUUUUGCUUAAGGUCGCAUUUAAUGUAGGGAUCAGCAUGGGUUAUUGGACAUUUAGCAAUACUGAAAAUAUUUUGUACUUAUUUCUAUCUGUUUUGCUUUGUGAUGACAAUUCCAAAUUCCACUCAUUAACUUUUAGCAUAUAGGAAUGUGACUGAGUUUUGUAUUUUAACUUUAUAUCAUGUAGCCUUGCUGUGGUCACUUAUUAGUUACAGAAUUUUAUAUGUGUCUUUUCAUGUCUCUACAAUGCCACCUAAAACCAAAAUUUAGCUUCUUUUUUAACAAUAUCUAUAGUAUCUUUAUUUUGGCCAAUUAAGAUUUUUCUUAAUUAUUUUGAAAACUGAGUGGGUGUCAUCCUUGCCUUUUUCUUCUGUCAAUUAUUAUGUUUGGUAUACAUUUUUGGUAAAUGUUAUUUACAAAUUGAUUUCCUUGUAGUGUUUACUUGUGUUUUUUUUUUCUUUUAUCUUGAGUUGAUAGGGAAUUUUGUCAGAUGCACUUUUGUGUCCAGAGAUAUAAUCAUGCAACUUAUUUUUGCUUUUUGUGAUCACUUACCUGAGUUUUUAAUAUUCCAGAUAUUGUGUGUGUGUGUGCGCGCGCGCAUGCACAUGCAUGCGCACACUUAUUGUUUCUGUUUUGUAUUAUGAGUUGGUAAGGAAUGUUGUCAGGUUUUUGUGUCUAGUCAAAUAAUCAUGUCACUUUUUUUCUUUUUGUGCCUUGUGAUCACUUACCUGAGUUUUUAGUGUUCCAAAGGUUUUGUGUGUUUGUUUUGUUUGUUUUGUAUUAUGAGUUGGUAAGGAAUGUUGUCAGAUUUCUGUGUAGUGAAAUAAUCAUGUAACUUCUUUCUUGCUUCUUCUGUCUUGUGAUCACUUACCUGAGUUUUUAAUGUUCCAGAGUUCUUGGGUUUUUCUUUUUUCUUUUUUUAAUCAUGGGUUGAUAAAAUUGUCAGAUACAUGCUUGUUGUGUUCAGUGAUAUAAUCAUGUAACUUCAUUUUGCUUCUUGUGAUCACUUACCUGAGAUUUUUUUUUUUUUUGGUUCUUUUUUUUUUUCCGGAGCUGGGGACCGAACCCAGGGCCUUGCGCUUCCUAGGCAAGCGCUCUAACCACUGAGCUAAAUCCCCAACCCCUACCUGAGAUUUUUAAUGUUCCGGAGUUUUUGUGUUUGUUUUGAUUCUGUUUUGUAUUAUGAGUUGGUAAGGAAUGUUGUCAGGUUUUAGUGUCUAGUCAAAUAAUCAUGUCACUUUUUUGUUUGUGUGUGUGUGUGUGUGUGUGUCUUUUGAUCACUUACCUGAGUUUUUAAUGUUCCAAGGGUUUUGUGUGUUUGUUUUGUUUCUGUUUUGUAUUAUGAGCUGGUGAAGAAUGUUGUCAGAUUUCUGUGUAGUGAAAUAAUCAUGUAACUUCUUUCUUGCUUCUUCUGUCUUGUGAUCACUUACCUGAGUUUUUAAUGUUCCAGAGUUCUUGGGGGUUUAUUUUUCUUUUAUCUUGAGUUGAUAAGGAAUUUUGUCAGAUACAUGCUUGUUGUGUUCAGUAACAUAAUCAUGUAAUUUCUUUUUGCUUCUUGUGAUCACUUACCUGACUUUUUGAUGUUACACAUGUUUUGUGUGUGCUUGCUUUUUUUCUGUUUUGUAUUAUGAGUUGGUAAAGAAUGUUGUCAGAUUUCUUUCUAGUAAAAUAAUCAUGUAUCUUCUUUUUUGCUUCUUUUGUCUUGUGAUCACUUACCUGACUUUUUAAUAUUCUGGAGGGCCUUGUGUGUGUUUGCUUUGUUUCUAUUUUGUAUUUUGAGUUUGUAAAAAAUGUUGAGAUUUCUGUAACUUGUUUUGUUUCUUGUGUCCUGUGAUCACUUACCCAAGUUUUUAAUGUUCUUGAAUUGUUUGGUUUUCUUUUGUCUUUUUUUUUAUGCAUGAGUUGAUAAAGAAUUUUGUCAGAUGUACAUUUGUGUCCAGUGAUAUGUAACUUCUUUUUCCUUCUUGUGAUCACUUACCUGAGUUGUAAGUUCCAGAAGUUUUCUUGUUUUUUUUUAUCACGAGUUAGUGAAGAAUGUUGUCAGAUUUUUUUGUAUCUACUGAUGUAGUCAUAUAAUUUUUUUUUCUUUUUUGCUUCUUGUGUCUUGUAUCAUUAACCUGGGUUUUUAAUGUGCAGAGUUGUUGUUGGUUGUUGUUUCUUUUAUUAUGAGUUUGUAAUUGUAUCCAGUGAUAUACUUGUGUAACUUCUUUUUGGCUUUUUAUAAUUGAGAUUUUAAUGCUCUGGGCUUUUUGUCUUGUUUCAAUGAGUUGGUAAAGAGUGUCAAAUUUUGUGUCAAGUGUUAUAAUCAUGUAAUUUCUUUUUGCUUCUUGUGUUUACUUACCUGAGAAUUUAAUGUUCUAGAGGGCCUUUUAAAAUUGGUAAAGAAUUUUUUUCAGAUGCAUUUUUGUGUUCAAUAAUAUAACCAUGUAACUUCUUUUUGCAUCUUGUGCUUACUUAACUGAGCAUUUAAUGUUCCAAAGGGCUUUUUAAACAUCAUGAAUUAGUAAAGAAUUUUGUCAGAUGAACUAUCAUAUCCAGUGAUAUAAUCAUGUCAUGUAACAUUUUUUCUUCUUAUGAUUACUUACCUGAGUUGUUAGUGUUCAAAGGGUAUUUUUUAAAUCAUGUGUUAUUAAAGAAUUUUGUCAGGUUCACUUGUAGCCAGUGAUAUAAUCAUGUAACUUUUUACUUCUUGUGCUUCCUUGAGGUUUCAUGUUCCAGAGUUGUUGUUUUUACCAUGAGUUAGUAAAGAUUUUCUUCAGAUGUUUAUUUCUGUCUGGUGAUAUAAUCCUGUAACUUCUUUUUUGCUUAUGACCACUUACCUUAGUUUUUAAUGUCCCAAAAUACUGAACAGUUGUGAUAUUCUUGAAUUAGGCAUAUUAAUGCUAAUAUAUGUAUCUAUUAUAGCUAGCAUGUAUGCUAAUGCUGUGUAGUGUAUUGGUUUACAUGAGAGCAUGAGUUACUGGUGUUUAGCUUGUUUGGAAUGUGCUGUCUGCUACGAAAAUUAGGGCAAUGUUGGCAUCAACAAAUGAGUUAAACAAUAUUAUCUAUCUUCUAAAAGACACUAUAGAAACUUUGGUAUAAGUUCUUCCACAGUAAAUCCAUUCAAGCAUGGUGCUUUCUGUUUGGGUUGCCUAAUAUCUUCUUUGUGAUGUGUGACAUAUUUUCCAAGAAGUUGAUCCAUUUCACUCAUUUUCAUCCUCUAUUAUUUUAACACCCCGUCUUUUAUUUCUGAUGUUAAUGAUUCAUGCCUUGUCUUUCUUGUUUAGCUAGCCUGAUUAGAGGAUUUCUUGAUUUUACUUAUUAAUGCAAUAAACAUUUUGUUUAAUUGAUUUCCUGCUCUAAUUUCUAUUAUUCCACUUUCUUUCUUUCUCUUGUUCCUUUUAACCCAUUGUUGUUGUUCUAAUUUCUUAAGCAUAAAGAGUAACUCAUUGUUAAUACUUUAUUGUCAAUGGUAUGAAACUGCUUCAAACACUGUUUUCACUGUAUCACAAACUUGAUGUUACAACAUUAACAUUUUCUCUUCAGAGUUCUUUGAAUCAUGUGUUUACUUAAACAUGCUUAAUAAUCAGGUCUUAGGAUUUCAAGAUUAUUCCCUCUAUUAUCCCAUACACCUUUGAAAAUUAAUUACACUCUAAGGGCACUCCAUCACUCUAUUUAUAUUCUUUCAACUUUGUUAGGAUGUGUGGUGCAGCCUUGAAACUGAUCUAAUUCGGUUGGAUAGAUUUAAACAUAAGAGUAAUGCAUAUUCUGAUUUUGAAAAUAUUCUAUAGGUGUAUGGUAUGGUUAGUUAGUGGUGAGGAUCAUUUCAGGUAUGUCCUGAAUGAUUUUCAGACUAAAAGCACUUAAUUUUAACAGGAAUACGAAAGUGUCCAACUCUGAAAGAGUGUUGUGUCAUUAAGGUCUAUCAGAUUUUGAAGUUGCACAGUCUUGAGAAGCACACACAUUUAUAGGUGUUUUAUUUUCUUGGCAAAUUAUCUUCUUUUCUUAUUUGAGGUCUACUCUACCUCAAUAGUGCAACACACUUUUCUUUUGUAGUGUUAGCACUAUAGGUUGUGUUUUUCAGUUUGCUUAUGUUUACUUUGUAUGUCGUUGUACUUAAUAUUAAAUAUUAAAUGAAGGUUUCUUGUAAGCAGUUAGAUCCUGUUUAUUUUAUACACCAUGACAAAUUUAUAAUUGGUAUAGUUAGACCUCAAAGUGCUUACUGGUUAUCUAUGUGGAAUAAUGUCUGCCAUAUUUACUCAUGGUUUUUAUUUUUUGUAUUCAUUCUUCAUAGAUAGUUUUGGCUUCUGUGUUUUCAUAUGUAUUUCCACCAUUUGCCAUUUUCAAACUUCAUGUUCAGUCAGAUCCAUGUAACAUUUUAUUUGUCAAUGUCCUGAUUUUUAGGGGAGGAAAAAAUUUUCUCAACAUGAUAUACAUCACUAAACUCUUCUUCAUAAGUGGAACUCAUCUGGUGUGACUUCAAUGUAUUUAUUAAACUUCUCUGGCUUCUGGGUCUAACUUACUAGCUUACUUAUUAGAUUCCAGGAUACCUUGCUAAUCUCACAACACUGGAUUCAAGUAACCUGAUACUGUCAAAAAAAAAAGAUUGAGGAAAGGGAGAGAGGAAAAGAAAAGCUAUUUGUCAAGACAGGUUUCUUCAGAAGCCUGACAUUAAAGUUCAUAGCUUUCUUUCCCCUACAGUACAGAUGCUAUUACAAAUACCAGCCUCAGUGUACCAUUCUUCCUUAUAUAUCUGUUAAGUUUGGAAAAGAAAAAUCUAUCAGGAAAACAAAUUUAUCAUCCUGCACAUUUUUUCAUAAAUCCUGCCUUUGUGUAACCUAAGAGAACCUCAUAUGUUAACCUUUUAGAAAAGACAUUUCCAUGUGAUUACUUUUUAUUGAAAUCUGACACCUUAGAAUCUUUUAAAUCCUCAAGAAAUAAGAUAUUCAAACUAAAAUGUUUCAUUUUAAAAGAAUUUUGAUUUAAGAAUAUGGCAAAGCUAGUUUUGAAAUUCUCAUCAACAUACUCAAAUUGAUGAUCUAAUAUAAUCUUACCAUUGCUUUCCUUUUUAUCCUUCACAAUAGAGCGCAUUUUGGCUUUGACAGUUUUGUAGAUUUUACUAAACUGACUCAGGCAUGGGAUGAUGUGCUUUGGAAGCCUAGCUUUUUUUCAUCAACACUGUGCUUCGGGAGAUUGGAUGCCGAUGGAAUUUUAAAUUUUGUUUGUGCUAGCAAGCACUCUACUGUCAUGAGGCUACAUUCCCAGCCCUAUUGAGUUUUGGGGAGCUUUUUACAUAUUUUGAUGUUUUGUCUUAGUCUGUAGCUUAUAUUUUUUAUUAUGUUUACCAAUGUCUUUAACUCUUUGAAAUAACUGCUUUAAGUAUUUGUCUAGUAAGUCCAAUCACUGAGCUUCAAGAUCUCUUUGGAUACUGUAAUUUUUCUUGAAAGCAUAGCAAUCCUUACAUCUAAACUCUAGCAGUUAAAUCACAAAUUUGGUUUUUCUACCCAAAUUGAUUCCAGCAAUGUCUAUUGUAAUAUGUUCUGAUUCUCUGUGUCUACCUGUCCCUCUCCUUCCCUCUCCCAUCCCUUCCUUUUGCCCUCAUUUUGGAGGCCAUGUCUCACCCUUUUCAUUUUUGAUACAUAAAUGGAAUUGACUUUUCUGUUAAUUCACCAUUUAACUUGUUGAGAUACUGUAAUUUCUAAGCUUUUUUAUAUAUUGAAAUGUAUAUAUUUCAGGUGUUUUCUGAAAAAUUUUGAUGAAAUUUACACUCAACAUUCUAACUUUACAACAUUCUAGUUUGAGUUUAUACCAACAUAGUUUCAAUAUAGUUCCUUUCAUUUACACUUAGUUCAUUAUAAUAGAGAGGUAAAAAGGAGAGCAGGAUUCUUCCAGCUUUUACAACUUAAUUAAAAAUCCUAUACAGCUAUAUCCCCUUCAAGUCUAUAUGGUUUCAAUUGUGUGUUUAUGAUAUAAAUAUACCCAAUAACAUAGGAUAUAUAUGCUAGAUGUAUGUACUGUGUUCUUUUAUCACAAGAAAUAAUAAACAUUAAAAAUUUAGAUACUAUAUAUAAUAUUGACUUUUAUAUUUUAUGUAGCUACCUGGUCCUCAAAUUCUGUGCUUGUCUAUGUGGUUUUCAGUUACUUUCUAGUCCCUUUUGAUUUGAACCUAUAUUACUUUCUCUAAUAGUUUUUAAUAGAGCCAGUAUCAUAUGAGAUUCCCAGGUUUUAUUUAUUUAAGAAGCUCUUAAGCUUGUUAUUUCUCCAUGUUUGUAUAAUUUUGCUGGAUAUAAAAUUGUUGGUUGACAGACUUUUUCUCACAUUACUUAAAAAUGCUAUUGUUCUUUCUGAAAACAAACAAAUUAAUUGAAUUGAGAAUCACGACAUGAUAAGCCAAGUCUUUUUUUCUUUUCAUAGUCUGUUCUGUCUUUCAAUAAUUGAUAGUGUAUUUUUUCUGUGACUCUUAGCUUUUGUUUCUGGGUCCUUUUGCUUAUUAUGCUCCUGGACAUAAAGAUUUUUGUCUUUAAUCAAAUUUGGUGAGCUUGUGGCCACUAUUAUGUCAAUUAUUCUUCCUGUCCCUUCUUUCACCUACUUUGAUUUCCAACAUAGAUAUUAGUACACUUGGAAGUUUAUCAUCGAAUUCUCAAGAUGCUCACUUUUUCUCCUGAUGCUCAGGCUUGAUCCUUAAGUCCAUUCAUAUCCAUUCAGAUCCGCUGAUAAAACUCUCUAAUGGAUUUUUUUUAUUUGCUAAUACUUUUCAGUUCCAGAAUAUGUUUAAUUCCAUUUUCUUUCUCUGUUCUCUUGGUUUUCUUUAGUUCUUUAUUAUUUUCUUUUUAUCUUUCAGCAUAGUUUAGACUUUUUACUUUAUUAUUUUAUUUUAUUAUUACUGAGAUUACUAUACAUGCCAUGGUUAGGGCAUUUCUAGGUUAGGGAUCAAUUUUGUAUGGCUCUCUCCUUGCACCUUUAUGUGGAAUCUAGAGAUCAAUUCAGGUCACCAGGUUUAAGCAACAAGUCGCUUUACCAGCUGAAACAUUCCCUAGCCUAAUUUAAAACAAUUAUUUUUGUCAAGUUAAGUCCAGUGUCUGUGCUUCUUUCAGUCUUCUGUGGGGGCCUUCUUAUUUCUUUCUCUGUAUACUCUAGAAUAUUUUUGUUUAAAGUUGUAAUUUUCAAUUUUUGAUAACUAUGGACAUUAGAUUCUUUUCUGCCUCCAGCUUUUUAAAUGUUAUAUAACUGGGCUUAAGCUAUUUUUAUUCAUAAGCUAUUUUUUUAUGAAGUUAUGUGUGGUCUUUGAUGGUCUGUUCCUUUUAUGUUCAGUUCAUUAUGACAGAGAGGUAUAAAAGGAGGGCAGUAUUCUUCCAGCUUUUGCAAAUUAACUGGAAUUUUCCUUCACUAGUUAGACUACUCCCAAUCCCAUCUUUGCUUUCACUUGUAGCUUGAGUUAAGCAUAGAAAUCUGCUAUAGGUACUGGUUUAUAGUGUUGUCAGGGCAUUUUUUUUCACAUCCAGCUCUGUUUUAUAAGUUAUUAGCAAUACUAUUAUUUUAAAGGCUCUAAACUUCCAGAGAAGCCCUCUGUAGAUUGUCAUCUGAGGCUUUUCAUUGGACUGCUGUGUGCUUCCACCACUGAUCAUUGCCCAAGUCACUAUAGCUGCUCUGAAUUUCUUCAAGUGUUUGCAAAUACUGCCCACUAUUUGAGAAAAUUUGUAAUUAGGAUUUGGAAAAAUAAUGCAGUCACCUUACAUCAGACUUUCAGGCUACUCACAAACAGUAUGAAACAAAAAAUAAUUAUUUUAGAACAAGGUCAAAACUGCACCCUCCAGAAACAAGGGCCAGGGUCUAUACUAGCAUCUUUAACACUGCCACCAAAUCAGGCUGAGAGGAAAGGCGAGUAUUCAAGAACAAGUGAAAAUGUCACAAGUUCCUGUCAUUUUUGCAGAAGCUUGUUCUUUCCUCCUACCAUAUGGUUUAGUUCCAGGGGUUGAAUUAAGUUUGUUAAUCUUGGCAGCAAACACCUUGAUCAACUGAGCCAUCUUGCUGGCCCCCUACCACUUUUUAAUUGGCUGUUUCUUUUUGUGAUAUUCACUUGAUUGCUGUAAAUUACUGACUGCUUCCCAGAAAUAAUCACCGACAUUAAUUCUGAGUUUCUAUAGAAAUAUUUCUGUGGAGGGGGGCACCUUAUUUUUGUUGACACUAUUUAGCAUCCUCACUCUUUUGACAGAGCAUCUUAAGCCUCUUCUGGCCUUUUGCAUCUACAGGCAUACAAUGGUAGGUAGAUUCUCCUCUCAUGAGUAAUUUCUAUGUAUUUGGCCUCCUGUUGAAGCAAUCAUAUAUGGUUUUAUUUUGUCAAUCAUAUAUGGUUUUAUUUUGUUGUCAUUGUUAUUGGGAUUGCUUGUUCUGAUUUUUCGACUAAGUGGAGAGAUUUGAAGUCCAAGGGGGAAAAGUAGAAUGCUGAUAUUCUCCAAACAUUCCUGGAAGUCUUUAAAACUAUGCUUUUUCACAUGUGGAUUUUCCCACUCCUGGUCUCUACAGUUUCUUCCCCUGCUAAUACUACCAUGCUUGUUUGGGGGUUUGUUUGUUUUGAUGGUUCCCUUUCACUCUUCACUGGCCUCCCAAGUCUCCCUGGCUUUCCUUUGCUACAUUCCAUACAUAGCAGUCCCAACAUUCAUUUUGAUAAAAAGUGCAUCGAGCUAUUUUCAUUUGUAAAUGCUUUACCCCUUCCUAUCACAUUUUCUUGGGCUAGAUUCAUGGACAGAGAAUAACAAGAAACUUGUGCCAGCCACUUCCCAAGGAAGAGUUCUAGCCAACAGCUGGAAAUCGGCUUACAACACUCUUUAAAGAUCUACCAGUAUUGCAGAGUUGGAAUAUUGAUUGUCACUGAGGGCUUACUUUGCGAGGUUUCUUUCCAAUGCCUUUGGCCUAUCCUGCAUGCAGUUAAACAGAGCCCUGGUGUCAUAUCUGGUUAUUUCUUGUAUUAAGAAGCCUUUAGUAUGAAGACAACAUAAAUGGUAAAAGUUGGACAUGUGUGAGGACCCAUACUGCCUAUGUGUCCUCAAAACCAGGGAUGUUUUCUUUUCUUCUAUGUUCUUUGUAUGUGUCAUACAGCAGGGCUUCCAGCGUGGUUUAAUGAGCUGCCUGAGUAGUACAUCAACAUUUUCACUUUCAAGCCAUUUAACGUAAGUAAGUCAUAUGCCCUUCUGCUCUCUAAAAUAGGCUAGUUCGUAAGUAAACAGCACCCUCAUUUCUACAUGAUUUUUUUUUAAUUAUUUUUGGAAAUUCCUCAAAGAUGGACUAGUUUGCUUCUUGAGUCUACCUUGGCAACACUGAGAUGAAGAACACAUAGACUGCACCAAUGCUACCACACCCUUAUGUGAUGUUCAUGCUGAGGAAGUCAAAGAAGAGAGUCUCCCCCAGGCCCUGCCAGGGGUUCUUUCCCCUACCUCCUUCUACUCAUAGUCCUCCUGCAGCAAGCAGGGGUGAGGGAGCCAGUUUGAGUUGAUUACUUUUGACAUCAGUUGUUAACAUAAUUUUGACAUUAAGCUUUUCCCUAGCUCUGGGGUGAUUCUGACUAUGUCCAGGCUCUGGCUUGAGGAACCAUGGGGAGCCUCUGGGGCCCCAGAUCUGGCCUUGCUGGAGGCAGCCUGGGAAGAGACCUGAGUUUCUCAAGCACACGCCUUCCAGGCCUGGGGGUGGGGCCCCAGCAGAUGUCUGGAUUUGGUAGCCAGGGCCUGGAGCCGGAUGCUGAGAAUGAGGCCUGCAACUCAUUUCCCCAUUAAACAUUCUGAGAACAUCUGCACCAGUUUCCAAGGCUUCUCCUUAAUUGCUUUGAUUAUUGUGUGAAGUUAAGAACUGGCACAUUUCCGUGAUGUUGUGAUGAAGGUGAAAAGAUCGCUCUUAAUUAGAUUAAAAACAUUUUUUUCUUCCUGUGUAAUUUCUCCUUGAAAAUCAAGGCCACUUUUUUGUUUUCUUCAUUCAAAGACCUCCAGAAACUUUCCUCCCCACCUCUCCAGAGGUUUCUGGGGAAUGUCCUGUGAGCUCAACUUUUGGAGAAGAUAAUGCUUAACCCAGAUUCCAUUGUAUAUUAAAGUUUCCUGGGGCCGUUCUUGCUGCCUGGAACCUUCUCUUGCAAAUGUGUCUUGGGAGACCUGGACAGUGACUUCUUGCAGCAUGGAAAGCUGGAUGGACUAAUUUAGUUCUGCAGGCAGCUGUGCUACUCACGCUCAGCUUCCUGGGCUCACUUAGGGCCUGCUCUGUCAUUGCCUGUCCUCCUUAGCACCUUACUACUCAGACCCCCCACCCUUGGGCCCACGGAACCAUUUACUCUGAGAUUUAUGUUAGGCCUGAUAUCUCCAUUAUGAGAAAAGGCAUCCAGGGCAAAGUCUCCAGUACUAUGAACUCUGUAGUUCAACAAAGCCUAGCAUUGUUCCUAGGAUUUCUUGGGAUUCCAUAGGUCAUCUUUAACAGAGAUGUCACUGUCCAUCUCAAGUUAAAUGUAUCCUUCAGUCUUUGCUUGAACACAAAAUACAGCAUGUUCCAUAAUGUGCUGUAAACACAGGGUAUAGAGAGAAACUCUCUAAAUAUGUUUGCAUUAGAACAGUAGAAAGUCCGUGAACAGCUGUACGAAGCACCUUUCUCAGAGUUUCCUGGCCAGUGUAGAGCUGAAGCUGGAGCCUUGGGUCAGAUUUUUCUAGCUAACCUUCCUCCCUGUCCUCUACCCUGCAAAGCCUAACAAGGCUGUCUUGGUGUGUUUACUGUUUGUUGUUACUGUUUUGUCUUGUUUGCUGUGUUUUGUAACCUAGACUUACCCUCAGACCUAUCUCCUCAGGCUCAUCUCUUACCCCUAGCUUUAUAUACUCCUGGGUGCUCUUGGUAAUGGAUGGCAGAACCAAUUCAAUCUAGAUAAGGACAAAUGGGACCUUUUUCUAGUUUACAGAUCUGAACCCAGCUGUUCCAGACACAGCUGGACCUAGUCCAGUAUGCUCUUUCUCUCCUUCCCCUUCUACCAUGUCCCUUUUUGUUCUUUGCCCCUCUCUCUCUCUACCUAAAGAUACAUGUGUAGUUAUACUCAUCUGUGUCCUUAAGCAGCCAUUUUCCAAUGAGGGUAAGGUUCGCCAGUUUACAUGUACCAGGAGAAAGAUGCCACAAACUCUUUCCAAGUGAUUUCUACCACAGGCUCAGGCGAGGUUCUCAUUGCUGCCAACCAAAGUACGAGGCAUCUUUAUAUGUGCAACUAUGUUUCUGAAGCUGUGGUCUAGCUACAAAGCCCCCUCUAGAAAUAACCAAUGGAUUCCUCAAUCUUACACACUGGGGAGUAGGAAAAUAAGGACCCCUCUAAGGAAGAUUCAGUGAACUAUUUCCAGAAGCCAGGCCUGGUUGCAGAGUUCGCAAAAACAACAGGUGUCCACUCAAGCAAGGUAUUUUCCUAAGCGGAACUGGGUACCAGCUGUGAAUAUACAUUUACACUGCACUCUUGCCUUGUUCCUGGCAGCUGUUGUGGGAAUGGCUUUUACACUUUCUGUCCUUGUCUCUUAGUUUUCCCCUCUGAGUGAAGACACAGGUGGUGGUGGGUCUGGUCUGGCUCGGGGUCUGUGAACAGGGCAUAGGCAGCUGGCACAGGCUGUGGGGCUGCAGCUCAGCAAUGUCACGCAGGACCUGGCUGCAGCUGUCCAGAUGCCCUAGGGAGGGUUUUUCCUUCAUGGGGCAGGAUCCACAGGGCUUUGGCAAAUCCACCAAGACGGGGAAAUUGAUUGAGAGGGAAUAGGGGGAGGACAUAAGCAGCUUGUUUAUUCCAUGGGAGUGAGCUGGCUCAGGGGACUUGCCUGUGCCAGGCAUUGGAGGUGACAUGGGAGAGGAUGAGAGGAAGGUUCCUGUGCUGAGGGCCAGGCACACAUAAGCCCCACAGCAAUUGAGGGGGCGAUAUCCAGAGCCUUGGGGGAGCUCAUGGCAGAAGGUGGUUUAGGUUACAUCUGGGUGAUCAGGCAGGAUUAUAAUCAGUUAGGAGGAGGAGGGCAGGGGUGAGCAGCUGGGUGAAGUUACUGACACCAGCAAGUCUCAGCAGAGGGCAGUGAGCAACAGGGUGGCCUGGGGCCUUGGAGAGAGUUGGACUUGGAGCGCUUAAAUGAUGACUGGGUGUACAGAGGGAGAGUCUGGGAGCUCAAUGCAGGAGAAGUGACGCAAGGAAGGGGGAGAUCUUGGAGAGCUUGGGAAGAAAGAGCUCUGUGUCAUUGGGUCUCUUGGGCAUCUUAAGGACAGACUGGAGGAGGUGGGCAAGUAGGGACACUUACAUUGUACUAAUCCCUAGAUGAUGAGGGCAAGGCAAAUACAGGAAGCUUGCAUGAACUAAUGUUUCUCUGACUUCUAAAUGCAUCAUUCAUUCAAGUAGAAAAUACAUAUACUGUAAGGAAGGAAAUGAAAAUCAUUUGAAGUCCUUUAAUCCACAGGGAAACAUAUUGCAUUUUGAUCUAUUUCCUUCCAGUCCUUUUUUCCUUCAAUACUUAAGUAAAAUGCAAAUCACCCUAAUGAGUAGGCCCUUUGGCUGAGAAGAAAGAUGCUUCGUACAGUCUGGUUUUGGUUCUCUUGAGAGAGGGUGAAACUUGGCAGUGGGUAGCCCCAGCUGGGGCAGUUGCCACGCCUGAGGCUACAUUCGCCAUUCCAGACCUCCCAUUUUCCUAGAAAACAAAAUUGUUUUGUUCUGCCCUGCACACUUAGGUCCAGAUUCUGGCUCUGACAAGACAGAAGCAGCCAAGGAAUGAAAGCAUCAAAAACUAGGAUCGUUUUAGGAAAAUGUGACUUCACUGUCAUUAGGAAACAGUACUUUUCCUCCAGGACCAGGUACUCUGACACUGGUUAUUUCAGCAGAGAACACCUGACAUUGCUCUAGUGUCCUCUAGUGUCUAAGUGUUCAGAUGACCCUUGUCACAUUCACCAUGAUCUCACAUUUUGCUCUGCAGUAGGGCUACCUUUUCACAUCUUUACGAAAGACCAACUCUGGGCUCUUCAGAGAUGGGGGUGAUCAAUGGGGCUUCUCAGAACACAACACUUGCCCCAAGCUCUUGCCUAAGAGGAGCACCACCAGUACGAAUAAGUUGAAACUCUGCUCUAUCAACUCCCUUCCAGAGUCUUUGAGAUGUCUGACCUGGCUGUGAAUACAGAUCCAAAUGCAAAGUGGGUGGCAGUCCUGGCUAGUGUUUCUCUAGGUAAGGGGUGGCACCCCUAUAGUCUCUGAAACAUGCCUAGCAGACAACAGUCUCUCCUUUUGACUUGGAAAAACAACUGUGCUGAGCCCCUCUCUGACCCUCACUGCAGGGGCCCCAUGAACCCUUCCCAGGAUUAAACCAAAGAGUCCACAUUCCUCUCUGGCAGGUGCAGGCCCCGCCCGCUGUGGAGAGCCAACUGAUGUGCACAUUUUAAUUUCCUAAUACCUGGACUGAGCCUUUCUCAGGGUUGAGGGGCUCACCCUGGGCCCUCAGGCUUGGAGAUGGCACUUGUCAUUCUGGGUGUGUAGAACACAGCCCCCUCUUCCAGUCACCUCUUUGCUGCUCCUUUCUUGUGUAUACAAGUGAUGCAAGCAUUGAAAUAUGUAUUUGUGUUCCUUUUCUUUCUUUUUUUCCAAAAGAACAUUUGAAUCCUGGAUGAAGUUUUAGCUGUGACUUGACAAGUGUAUAAUAUAACCCAGUACACUUGAAUCUCAGCCCUGAGUCUCUAGAAUGGGAACAGUUACAUCCUCCCACCAAGUCCCAGACCUGUGGGCCUUUUCUUAUGUACACAUUCCUCAAGGUUUACAGGUCUUUCCCUGGUCUCUCUGAGGAUGUCACAGGCACAGAGCCCUUUACUUGAGCCCUUCUUCCAGCUAGGACUAAGUAAUGUCUGUAUAGUUUCCUGCUGGAAGUCUGCCUGCCGCUGGCCCCCAUGGGCCAUGAGCUCCUGAGUUUAUUUACAUUUCCCUGAUUGCUAGUCAGGCACAACACCUUUCCACAAGCUCAUCAGACUUUUGGAUUCUUGUCUCAUUUUGAGGGGCGGGGGUGUCUUGCUUAUUUUUCGGUUAGGUCAUUUUUUUCAGUGCUAAAGAAUUAAACCUAAGGUCUUAUACUUAGUAGGAAAACGCUCUACCACUGAGCCAUCUCUAGCCCUCAUUUUGCUCUUUGAGAGUUAUCCUGAUUCACUGCUGUCCAGCCAAGGUAUUGAACUUAACAGUUCUCCUUCCUCAGCUUCCCAGGUAGCUAGGAUUAUGGACCUGCACCACCAGGCUUACCUACUUUUUCUUACUGAUUUACCUCACUUUUUUUUAUAUGUCAUAUUACUUUUUAAUCUCUUUGUACUAUUUAAAAUGUAGUUAAGAUAUUUAGGUUUUGGGGUUGGGGAUUUAGCUCAGUGGUAGAGCGCUUGCUACGCAAGCGCAAGGCCCUGAGUUCGGUCCCCAGCUCUGAAAAAGAAAAAAAAGAAAAAGAUAUUUAGGUUUUGACUCUAAAUGUGGCCAAAUUGGUAUUUUCCUUUUUGAUUACUGCUUCUUAGUUAUCCUAUCCCAAAGCAAUGAAGAUAUUCUUCUAUGUCCAGGCCUAUGGUCCUUCUAGUUCUAUUUGUCCUAAGCCCCUGAAUGCUGAGAAUGUAUUUUCAAUGUAUGCUGUGAAAAAAAUUGAGGGCCCAAUUCAGUAUCUUCCCUGUGUGAAUUUCUUUGUCCUUGAGUGUUUUAUUAAAAAGUCCAUCUCAUGAUAAAUAAGCCUUUAAUAUAUUACGAGUGGAUCAUAUUUAGGCCUAUUUUCUGACAUCUAGUCCUGUCCCACUAGCCAGUUAAAUCUCUCCUUGAAUCAGUUCCACACUGUACUAAUGACCACUAUGUUCUUGGGUUUGUUAGCCACCCUGAUCUUAAAGAAUGUUACUUUUUCCUGGUCUUUUACACUUCCAAAUAAAUUUUAGAAUCUGCUCGUCAGGGCAUUUACCACAAACAUUAGGAUUUUUGUUAAAAUUUAGUAAGCUUUUCUCCAGAAUUUUUUGAGUAUUUUAUCAAUGCAAUAAAGGCAGUUUUCUGUUUAUUUGUGUCUGUUCUGUGCUUUUCUUCAUACUUUUUAUCUAUAUGAACUUAAGAUUAUUUUCUACUAUUCUGUUUCUUUUCCCUUUUAAUUUGUGUUUUAUUUGCAUAUAUAUUACACAUACUUGUAAAAGAAAACCAAAAAUAGUUUUGCAAUGUACCUUUUGCUGCAGUGCCUUACAUAACUGUUACUUUGAUGAAAAUUAAAAUAAGCUUAAUUUGAUACAACACUGUUGAGCUAAAGUUUAGUCAUUCUCCCAGUUUAACUACUUCAUGCUCCCAGAGCCUGUCCAGUAUCUACCGUCACACUCAUGCAGCAGGUCCUCAGUGCCCUGUGACCUACAGCGGCUCCUCAGCCCUGUCACUGGAGUUGAUGCUUUUGAAAAAUACUCAUUAAAUGUCACUGCUACUCUGGGUCCGUUUUCUCCAAAGUAGAGUAGGGUUACAGGUUUGGUGAAUGUCAUGAAGGCAAGGUGCUUUUCUCAUUUUCUUCCAUCAACAUGGUGUUAACUUUACAUGAUUAAAUAGCUCACUGCAACUGACCUACUAUUUCAUCUUUAUUAUACCUAGUCGUUAAAAGCCAAGUCGCCAGGGCUGGCCAACAUUCAGAGAAUGAGGAAUUUCAUUCUAUCUCUUGCAAAGGCAUAUUAAAGACACUGUGAAUGUGUUAAAAUGCAAUUAAAAUUUAUUUUGGGACUAAGGAUGUAGCUUAGUGGCAGAAUGCUUGUCUACCAUGCACAAAGCCCUGGAUUCAAUCAAUGUCACUGGGGGAAAAAAAAAUCUCUGGGUAAGGGAGACUUUGAAGUCUGUACUUAAGAUUUCACCUACUAAUUUUAGCCUUCACCCAUGGAUCUUUCUUGAAGCAUUUCUGUGGUACACUUCUGAUUAACUCGUUCCUUUUACACUUGUAGGCAUCACUCUGUAAGAAAGUCCUUCGUCUCUUUUUCGGUAGUUUAUAAAUAUGGACUUGACAGUUGUCUUCCUGAGCUGUAACUGAAUAUUACUGUUUUGUCACUGAAUUUUUCUAGCUUUAGCCAGUUGUACAUGAGCCCUUUCGACAGGCUUUCCAUUCAUCUCCUUUUAGGUUCAUCAUGGAGUUUCCCUGUGCUAGCCCCCAGGAGCACCCAUUCUUCUACAGAGCUAUAUUUGCUCUUAUUGGUGAACUGACAGUGUUAGAAACUAGGAUCUGGGCACUGUGUGUGUAUUCUUUGCCACCAAAGGGUCAUCACCGUUUACAUCUCCUUUCAGCAGGUAGAACUAGGAAAUGUGCAUGUCCAUAACUGAAGUCUAUAUACACCCAUGUUCCGUUGUUUUUAUCUAUAUGCAGCUAACCCUGAGUUUAUACUGUUGAUACUGUUUCUGACUAUCCUUACUUUGACCUCAGCUCCCAUUUUCUAGUAUAGUUACUGGUUUGUAUAAUCCUUAAUAUGUAAUACCCCUGUACAAAACAGAAUUACCUACAAGAAUAUUGUGUUUAUGACAGUAUUUUUUCUUUAGUUUUUUAGUUUUUCUUUAGUUGAAACAUUUUUUUAAAGCAACUUUGGCCAGUUCCUCACACCCACCCCCUUCAGUGCUGUAUCAUGUAUUCGCAACACACAGUCUACUCACCGUGGUCUAUUUUCUGCCGCAGGGACCUUCAAUAUUCUGGUUGUUUGCUGGAUCUUAUCCCACUGCAUAGGUGGAACAGAUACACCACGAUUUCUUUAUUCAUUUAACUGUUGACAUCUGGUUAUUACUUGUUUGUUGCAAUUAGAGGUGAGAUUGCUAUACAUAUUUGUGCGCAGAUCUGUGAACAUAAAUAUUCCAUACACGGAGUCACAGACCAUAUGUGUGUUUCUACGACUAUGAAGCUUGUUCUUCAGCGCAGUUGGGCCACUUGGCGUUCCCACCUGUGGCACGUUGCUGUCACUCUGCCUCCUCUGAGGGCUUGCUGUUAGAAGGCUUACGUUUCUCCAUCUUCAUGAUAAUUUUCAGGGUUAUCUCGCUGUGGCUUUUGACUUUGUAGUUCCAUAAAGACCAUGGACUUUGGCUGAGCACAGUGAUUCCACACACUUAUUUGUAAUCCACUUUUUAAGAUGCGUUGUUUGCUUCACUGUUGUCAAAUUUUGCUCAUUCUUUAUAUGCUCUGGGUAGAAGUCCUUAAUUCAGGAAGGGGGGGGGGGUGUGCAGCAAAUCUAUGAUUUGUCUCAUUGUCUUCACAAAGCAAAGCAUUUUAACAGUCAGUAAGCCUGGUUCUCCUUGCUCCUGUUGCUACUUAGCAAAAUGCACUUGUUGCAGCAAUAACUCAUUUGUUUCUAAUUAUAAUGAAGUUGAUUCCCCACCCCCUCUUUUGGAUUAAGUUUUCAGUGUUGUAUCUCAAUUCACUUUCAAAUCUAAAGUCCUAGAGAUGUUGAUGUCUUCUUAAUUUUUUUGUUUUAUGUUCUAUUCAGAUUUUUAAAUAUAUAUAUAUAUAUGUGUGUGUGUAUAUAUAUAGUACUCUUGAGUUUCCUUAUUUCCAUAUUAUGACUGCUGAAUAUCCCUUGCAUUACGUAGGUAUAAACGCUAACUGUGUUAAACUUUAUACACACAUACAGAUGUACACACGCAUUUGUAUGUUUAUAUUGGAAAUAAAUGUAAAAGACUGCUGUAGUAGAUGUGGGAAACCCAUUUCAUAAAGUAAAUGUAUCACUGUAAAAAAAAAAAGACAGUCUUUAUGAUAAAACAAAUGUUAAAAGGCCAAACUUAGAUCAAGAUAUUUAUGCUUCGUGGAACACAAGGUUAUUAUCUCUAAUGAAUUAAAAGUUCCUUUUAAAUGUCAAGCAAAGGAUAUGAAUGGGCAACUCUGCAAGAAUCCCAAACAAGCUAGAAGUAGUCAGUAAAGUUGAAAAUGAGAAAAUCAUCCCCUCCCCC